AUGUCUCUCCGCGCACCCGCCGCCCGCCUUCUCCGCGCCGGCCCCUCGGCCCCGCGCGCCUUUUCGUCGUCGGCCGCCGCCACCAACGAGUACGAGUCGCCCUUUGGCAUCAACUCGCUCAACAAGCUCAGCGAGGAGGAGGAGAUGCUCCGCGAGGCCGUCAAGCGCUUCGCAGAGGACGUCGUCGCCCCGCGCGUCCAGGAAAUGGACGAGGCCGAAAAGAUGGACCCCGAGAUCAUCAAGGGCCUCUUUGAGCAGGGACUCAUGGCCAUCGAGACCUCGCCCGAGCACGGCGGCGCUGGAGGCUCCUUCACCGCCGCCAUCGUCGCCAUCGAGGAGCUCGCAAAGGUCGACCCCUCGGUCUCGGUCCUCUGCGACGUCCACAACACCCUGGUGUGCACCAUCAUGCGCAAGUAUGCGAGCAGGACGCUGCAGGACAAGUACCUGCCGCAGCUGUCCGAGUCGGUGCUGGGCUCCUUCUGCCUGUCUGAGCCGUCUUCGGGCUCGGACGCGUUUGCGAUGAAGACGUCGUGCAAGAAGACCGACGACGGCAAGCACUGGAUCAUCAACGGUUCCAAGAUGUGGAUCACCAACUCGGGCGAGGCGGGCUUCUUCCUUGUGUUUGCCCAGUCGGACCCGAGCAAGGGCUACAAGGGCAUCAACUGCUUCGCCGUCGAAAAGGACUGGGGCGUCGAGAUCGCCAAGAAGGAAAAGAAGCUCGGCAUCCGCGCCUCGUCGACGUGCACCGUCAACUUUGACGAGAUCAAAGUGCCCGCCGAGAACCUCGUCGGCGAGGAGGGCAAGGGCUACAAGAUUGCGAUCGAGAUCCUCAACGAGGGACGCGUCGGCAUCGGCGCCCAGAUGCUCGGCCUGGCCGAGGGCGCCGUCGACAAGGCCAUCCGCUACGCCGCCGACCGCAAGCAGUUUGGCAAGCGCAUCGUCGACUUCCAGGGCCAGCAGUUUGACUACGCCCAGGUGCUAAUGGAGAUCGAGGCGGCGCGCGCCCUCGUCUACAACGCGUCGAGGCUCAAGGAGGAGGGACGACCCUUUGCCAAGGAGGCGGCCAUGUGCAAGCUCUACGCGUCCCAGGUGGCGCAGAAGGCGUCGGGCUCGGCGAUUGAGUGGUGCGGCGGCGUCGGCUUCACGCGCGAGACGGGCAUCGAAAAGUACUGGCGCGACAGCAAGAUUGGCGCCAUCUACGAGGGCACGAGCGCCAUUAUGAAGGACACCAUCUGGCGCAUGGCCGCCAAGGAGAUGGACCUCUAG